UUAUAAUUUUGUACUCACAGAGACUGCUCUGUGUCGGUGUCCAAGAAAUAACCACAUUUAUUAAUAAAAGCAGUCAUGAAAAAAUAUACCACAUUAAGACUUCAUUAAUUAACCAAGAAUGCGAUCCCCUUCUUAUCCAAAUUAUAUCAUUAUAACUACAUACAACUUGUCGUUUGAUUUGUAAUUAUUUUUAAAUAUUUUUUAUUAAUUAAAGAAUAUUUUGUCGUGUAAAUUUAUCGACAUAUUCAUCGGGAGCUAUCGAUAUCGUCAAGUCAUUACGGCAAUGGUAAAUCCCGCCCCUAUCACACGGUGACCAAUUAUUUUAGUGUAACUAAAUCAUCUUGGAGAAUGUGCUCUGUUGUUUAACGAAUAAGGCUUAUAUUUGAAUUACUGAGUUAUCGAUGCCGCAUGUGUGCCCUUAUUCGUAGUACUGUUUUGUCAGAACUGUGUGUGUAAUAUUGGUUUUAUGGAGGGGCAGUUGUGGCUUCACCGGUUUUCAUUCUCCUUUAUUAUACCUAUGGUUCUGACCAUUGCCGACGGCGUCCUGUGAGCACAGUACCGGCCUGAGGAUGGUGCAAGUGAUAGUGACUGAGGGUGUGUUGGAGGGAGAGCGAGUGGACAACCACUACGGAGGCUCCUUCUACAGCUUCAAGGGAAUACCGUACGCACAACCACCACUCGGAAAUCUGCGAUUCAAGGCUCCUCAACCACCUCUACCAUGGAAAGGUAUCCGGAGUGCGAAGGAGUUUGGAUCAAUAUGCUACCAGAAAGAUUUCGAAUCGCAAACCAAGACCACAGGAAGCGAAGACUGUUUGUUCCUCAACGUUUAUACUCCAGAAUUGAAACCCCAAAAUCCUCUACCCGUAAUGUUCUUCAUCCAUGGCGGAGGAUUCUACUCUGGCAGUGGCAACGACGACAUGUACGGUCCAGAGUUCCUCAUCCGGCAAGGAGUCAUUCUAGUCACAAUCAACUACAGACUUGAAGUACUGGGUUUUCUUUGUCUAGACACUGAAGAAGUACCGGGCAAUGCAGGAAUGAAAGAUCAAGUUGCUGCUUUACAAUGGGUUAAUAAAAAUAUUUCAAACUUCGGUGGUGAUCCCAACAAUAUCACGAUAUUCGGUGAGAGUGCUGGCGGUGCAAGCGUCGGCUACCAUUUAGUUUCACCCUUGACCAAAGGUCUUUUUCAAAGAGCGAUUUGUCAGAGUGGAAUCACAACUUGCUGGUGGGCUAAAGUUUUUGAACCUCGAUUGAGAGCACUAGCAUUAGCAAGACAAUUAGGAUAUAAUGCGGAGAAAGAUGGUGAAGACCUCUAUGAAUUUUUCAAAUCUCAACCAGUUGAGAAACUCGCUGGAGUAAAAGUACCAUUAUUUUACUCAGAACAACAUCGAGCUAGCUUCGAAUUAUAUUUUGGCAUUGUAAGCGAAAAACAAUUUGGCAACAAUGAAUAUUUCUUUCAUGGUAAUAUAUUUGACUAUUUGAAGAAUGGAAUCCAUGAAGGUGUGCAAGUUAUUACUGGCUAUACUGCAGAUGACGGUGUCCUACUACAUGUGUUUGACAAAGAUGGAAAAAUGUUAGAACAAGCCAAUGAAUUAGAUACCUUUUUUACUCCCAGACAUAUUGCAUUGAAUUGUUCUUUAAAAGAACAAAUUGAGGCCGGACAUAAGAUUAAAAAAUUUCUCAUGUGUAACGAAGAUAUAGACACAGACUGUGAAAGACUGAGUCGCUUUCAAACUACAGAAAUGUUUUUAUAUGGAAUCAUAAAAUGGAUGAAAAUUUGCUCACAAAGAAAUAAGACUUAUCUUUAUAAAUUCACAUGUAAGAGUGAAAGAAACGCUGCAGUCCGCUUGAUGGGACUGGAAGCUGUGACACAAGGUAAAGAAGUAGCUUGUCACUUGGAUGACUUGUUUUAUAUUUUCAACAGUAAGAUAUUAGAUGCAAAAGUCGAUAUGGAUUCGAAAACGUUCCAAAUGAUCGACAAUGUGACAAAAUUAUGGACAAAUUUUGCUAAAUAUGGAAAUCCAACGCCCGAUGACAGUCUUGGUGUAAAAUGGAACCCUUACACAUUGGACAAAGAAGAAUAUUUGGACAUCGGCAAUGACCUCCAAACUGGAUCUGCGCCGGAUCGCGACGAGUUUUUAUUUUGGGAGAGUAUCUUUAAAGAAUUUACUCCUGAAUAUGUCGAUAAAGUUUAUUAAUACUGAUGUUCAUAAUAAUAUGAUACUCAUUUAAUUUUAUAGCGCCUUUUAUUUUCAAAACGAAAGAGUAGAAUAUACAUCCGCACAUUGAGAUACAAAUAUUAUUUCCAAUUCUCAUUAUUCACCACUAUCUAUCUAUGUAGAAGAGCAAAGCGCAUUUAGCAUUAGGCUUUUUAAUAACAACUGUUUGUUUAACUGGGUCUCGAGAACGAUUCCCGGACCAGAGAAAAGUGUAGUCCCCUAAACUGGGAAUAAACUCUUUGUGCUUACGACGAUAAGGUCUAUAUCAGCUUGUUUGUUAAAUAAAACUUUUUAAUACGUCUUUACUCGAACAAUAUUUAUUGCACACAACUUUCUUUACAAUUCAUUCUAGAUGAGUGGAGUGUAUGAACAUAAUUUGAAUGUGUAUGAAGUAUGACUGUGUGCGUGAAAGGUUGCUACUAAGGUGAUGUGAACUUAAUCUUUGGAAUGAGCAAAACUGUAGGACAGACA